ACCUAGCCUUCACAUAAUUAAUUAUGAAAAUAUUAGAUUGUCAUAAAAUAUAUCUGAUCCCUCAACAUUCUUCAGGCGAAGGAAAUCUGCAUUCUCCCACCCAGUCACCCAAGUUAUACUGGACUCAGCAAGGUACCGACUCUCAACUGCCUCUGCACAGAAGCAAUAGAGGAUAAACAAUAACUAUGGGAAUUCCACAUUAUUUUUUUGUAAAUCCCUUCUUUAAUCGGUGUCUCACAUCCUAAAAUGGCAUGUUACCUGGCAGAGUUCACAAUAUAUUGUUCAAGAGAAUUCAGUGGAGUACAUUCAAUGAAUUUGUCCUCGGGACUACCUUAUUUACCCAGUCCAUAUUCAAUUUAUUGAUGAUAGCAUUACUGGCAUUUGUCACCGGCCAUCAUUAUAUUUGAUUGAAAGUCCCAGAGAAUAAUUACUGCUGGAGCACACGUAGGCAACCUGUAUUUUAAAAUAUUUACAUAUGAUAUGGAAGGCCAAUUGGCCCAUAUAGUCAAUACUGAUUCUCAGAUCAAUCCCAGUUCCCCAUUUCUUUCUGCAUCUGGUUCUGCCCCCUCGUAUGCAUCAACUGGGUUCUUGAUUCUCCUACCUCCAGCUUAAACUGAAGGAAAUCUGCAGUAACCAACUAACCUAACAAGCAACAAGUCUUCAGGUUGAGGGAGUGAGCUCCCGAGCGAGUCCAUGUGGUUACAGGAUGAAUAUGUAAACUCCAUGCAGAUAGCACCAGGGGGCAAGGAUUGAACCCGGAUCAUUGUAGCUGUGAGCCACCAGCACUAUUUCUACCCCACUGUGUGGUACUUGCCACCCACGUGUGGUACUUGCCACCCACUGUGACACUCAACAGUAUUGUCUGCUCCUUGUUAUUCCACAUCAGCAGACAGAUUCUACUUCCUAACCUCCUCUGCCCAGAGCCUAAUGCUGUGCCUUCCUAACAGCGCUAUUCAUGAACUAUCCUGCCUCUGCCUACCACCCCUUCCCACACAUCCUUUCCAUCUCUUCUAUUCAUCCUAUUUUUCAGAAACAUCAAGGACUGAGAUAUGUUGUUCUAGAAGCCUGGGGAGUGUAAAGUAUAUUGAAGACCAAGAUUUUUGGGUGUGAAGCGAAUCACAGGACAUGGAGAAAAUGUGGAGAAGCUCAGCUGUGAUUACUGAAUAAUGCUGCAGAUCAAGGGAUUAUUUAGCCUCUUCCCAGCCCCCUUCCCCUGCCUAGUUUUAAUUUAUUGAAGCUUCUUUUGGAUAUCCCUGAAUGUAUUGCGACCUUCACCCAUGUCCCUUAGACACAGAAUACAUUUUCUUUCACCUUAAAUACACCUUGAGAUUCUACGCUUUCUAAUCUUCCAAACUCUCCCUAAACUUUAACCUUACUGAAUGUUUUCUGCUUUCAAUGACUCUUAUUGUCCACCUUAACAUCCAUCACUAAAACAUUCCUGAACUUGCUUUAGCUACUCUUGGAGACUGUCUGGCACCUGUUGCUCUCUGGCUCCUAUCCUGAGAUACUGGCACUCUUAGGUCCAUUUCUUAUUGUUCUUCACCCUGGCAUCAGGUUGCAGCCCUUGGCUCAAACAAGCUGAGGCUCACUACAGGGAAGCGGGUUUGGGCACACAGGUUUCAGCUCCAUCACUGAACAGUGUCGAGAUAUCCACAGCUACAACGGAAGCCAGAGAAGAGAGGAGGGAUUGCUGCCACUAUACUAAGAGAAUGGAGGGAAGCAGGAGGAUUGCAAUUACCCUGAAGGGUGUUUGCCCAUUUGAACAGAGUGAUCGUUUGGGAGCUGAAACCAGGUCUGCAAUGCAUAUUUUGUGGGGAGCUUUGGUUUUGCUGGCUGCAGCUGUGGUUGUUGGGGGCUCAAUCACUGGCAUAUUGAGUCUGAAUGGAAGUAGCCAGCAGGUUGUUCAGAUAACACUGCACGAUGUGCAGGAUGCCACUGCCAAUCAGUCAGUGGUUGUGAACCAAGAUGAGGACCUGGUAACUUAUUACAUAGUGAACAGGAACCACACAGCGGUGGUGCUGCUUGACAGCAAGAACGGUUUAGUUUGUUACCAGCCAGGUGGGAAGAACAUCUGUCUUGUUCGAAAUAUGACAGCUGCUGACCUAGAGAAUAUGCAAACAGUCAUUACUGCUCAACAUGAGAAGUUCAACCAGGUGCAGAGAAAUGAAACACAGUUCUCCAGACUGUACCUUGGGAUACUGACUAAAAACAAUGUGGACCUGUUAGCUCUGGGAGAGCACAUUGACAGCCUCUGUGAUCACAUGCCUAUUUACUGGCUCCAGAAAAGUAACAGGCCUUCAAGGCAACGGCUGAUCUACUUCUGCAUCGAUAUCUGCUUUCCAAAUAAUGUCUGUGUCUCAGUGUGUUUUUACUAUCUGCCAGAUUAAAUAAUGGAACUUUUUCCUCAUGUCACUCCUAAUGAU